AUUAGGGUUUUUGAUUCGUCGGGUUUUCUCAUACUUUUGAUUCCUUUCAAGUCAAAGCAAAGCAUUGCCUUUUUGUCCAUAUCUUUUGACGAUCUAAGUUCUUGCUGUGUUGUUACUCAGCCAUCUGCCUGCGCUUGAUCAGCUAUUAUGUUCUUCUCUGUCUUCAUUAUUUAGUAAGGCAGGGUAAACUUGAUACAGUGAGAUGGAUAUCUCAUCACUUUUAACGUCUGCUGGGAUUAAUAUAGCGAUAUGCAUAGUCCUUGUAUCGCUUUAUUCCAUUCUACGAAAGCAGCCAGCCAAUUAUUGUGUUUACUUUGGUCGAAUGCUUUCUAAUGGAAGAGUCAAACGUCAUGAUCCUCGUUGGUAUGAGAGGUUCGCGCCCUCUCCAAGUUGGCUCGUGAAAGCUUGGGAAACUACUGAGGACGAGAUGUUGGCUGCUGCUGGUCUGGAUGCUGUGGUUUUCAUCAGGAUGGUCAUUUGCAGCAUUCGUAUUUUCUCAAUCGUGGCAGUCGUUUGCAUUGCCUUUGUGCUACCUGUCAACUAUUAUGGGCAAAAGAGAGCGCACAAGGAAGUCCAUUUGGAGUCAUUAGGAAUAUUCACAAUUGAGAACCUCAAUCAACGCUCGCGAUGGCUCUGGGUUCAUUGUCUCUCAUUGUACAUCAUAUCCUCUGCAGCAUGUGCUCUUCUUUACUUUGAGUAUAAGAACAUAGCCAAAAGGAGGCUUGCCCAUAUUACUGGAUCUGCCUCAAAGCAAAGUCAUUUUACUGUUCUUAUUCGUGCUAUUCCUCAGUCUCCUGACCAGUCCUACAGCGAGACAGUGAGCAAAUACUUCACAAAUUACUAUGCACCAAGCUAUGUGUCGCACCUAAUGGUCUACCGUGAUGGCUUCAUUCACAGACUGAUGAAUGAGACGGAGAGGAUGUGUCAGGCUAUAAAACAUGUUUCUCCUGAUUUAAGUUGUAAUCCGAGUUUGAAGUCAUGCGCCCUUUGUGGACCUGCUGCCACAAAUUCUUUUCAAAUCCUCUCGGACGAGACAGACAGUGUCAAAGGAGUGGAGCUUGGUGAGCUGAAUUUGUCUACGACAGAGGAAGAACGUCCCGUUGCUUUUGUGUUUUUCAAGAGUCGUUAUGAUGCUCUUGUUGUUUCAGAGGUUCUUCAAACGCCAAAUCCUAUGUUAUGGGUGGCUGACUUAGCUCCAGAGCCUCAUGAUGUUCAUUGGAGGAAUCUCAGAAUACCUUAUCGGCAACUUUGGAUGCGAAGAAUAGCAACCCUUGUUGGUGCAAUUGCUUUCAUGUUUGUGUUUCUUUUUCCUGUUGCCUUUGUUCAAGGGCUGACUCAACUACAAACGCUAUCCAAGAAUUUUCCUUUUCUAAGAGAUCUCUUGAACAGGAGGUUUAUGAGGCAGGUCAUCACAGGGUACUUACCAAGUGUGAUUUUGGUUCUAUUCUUUUAUGCCGUUCCGCCAUUGAUGAUGUACUUUUCAACCUUGGAGGGAUGCUCUGUUAUCAGGCAGUUGAGCGUCUUGUCUAGUGUGAGGGACGUACCUGCACAACUUGCGAAAGUAGUUCCAGCACAGGUUGGCUUCUUCAUGACCUAUUGUUUCACAUCUGGUUGGGCCGGUUUGGCAUGUGAAAUCAUGCAACCUAUAGGUCUUAUCUGGAAUCUGAUAGCAAAAGUUAUUGUCAAGAACAAGGAGGACUCAUAUGAAACACUUAGGUUUCCGUACCAUACAGAAAUUCCAAGACUACUUUUGUUCGGGCUCCUGGGUUUCACCAAUUCAGUCAUAGCGCCUCUAAUACUGCCGUUUCUGCUGAUCUACUUUUUCUUCGCAUAUCUUAUAUACAAAAAUCAGAUAAUCAACGUCUAUAUUACAAAAUAUGAAAGCGGUGGACAAUAUUGGCCUGUUUUUCACAACACUACAAUCUUUUCACUGAUCUUGUCGCAAAUCAUAGCGCUAGGCUUUUUCGGUUUAAAGCUAUCAACGGUUGCUUCAGGUUUCACCAUCCCGUUAAUUCUCCUCACUCUUCUAUUUAGUGAGUAUUGCCGGCAAAGGUUUGCGCCCAUAUUCAAGAAAUAUCCAGCCGAGAUUCUUAUCGCUAUGGACAGAGCAGAUGAGAUGACAGGAAAGAUGGAAGAGAUACAUAACAACUUGAAAGCUGCAUACUCUCAGAUACCAACGUGUUCUGAGGAAUCGAGCAAAGCUGGUUGCACUUCUCCUUGCUCAGAUCAGGAGUUACCAGAUUCUGAACAGUUGAAACCUGAGAAAGAGAAUCAUAAAGCUGAUUACAUAUGGGCGUUCCAGAGAAGUAAAUCUGGUCAUGAUCUUGAGGUGAAAUCCUGUCCCAGUGCUUCACCAAAUCGUUAUUCCCCAGCGUUUGCUGAGAUCUACAAACGAACAUAGAUACUUGAUUUACAAUGUAUAUUUGACUCUGCAGAUGAUUAAGUGUUUGCAGUUGAGUUACAAUUUCAGUAGUUGAAACCCUUAUGGGUGAUGAAAGUAAGAAGUGGGGAAAACCAUUGAAACGUAUAUACAGUUUUGCCUCCUAAAAUGAAAUGUAAAUUUGGAGUUACUGCAGGGGGAAAAUGAAACUUUGCUUGGAACACUUUUCUACAAGUACAAUAGACGAUCUUUUUUAAU